AUGCAGAACUUCAUCAAAUGGCUACAUCAAGGAAUUUCAAUUUCAAGUGCACCAAGGGUGGAAGGGCCUGCCCUUGGUACAUCUAGUGCACCCUACUACAUAAUAGACAAAGGCUUAUUUCAGAAGCACCUUCUGCGUACCUGUCGAGGCGUUAUAGUUGCUGCCUUUACAAUCUAUGGCAUCAAGGUCUUGAUUACCAGUUUCGCUAAGGCCGUGGCAGAGAGUUCCGACGACACAGAAUUUGGUACCAAAUUCGAUGGUUCGAAAGAGGUGGCUACGGAUUUAGGCACAAAAUUCAGUGAUGUCAAGGGGGUUGACGAAGCCAAAGCUGACCUUGAGGACAUAGUUCACUACCUACGAGAUCCUGACAGUUUCACUCGCCUUGGUGGCAAGCUUCCAAAGGGUCUUUUGCUUGUGGGCCCACCCGGCACAGGGAAGACCAUGUUGGCAAGAGCUGUGGCCGGGGAAGCCGGCGUCCCCUUCUUCGCGUGCAGUGGCAGUGAUUUCGACGAGGUGUAUGUGGGCACUGGGGCUAAGAGAGUGCGGGAGCUCUUUCGUGCAGCAAAGAAGCGAUCUCCUUGCAUAAUAUUCAUCGAUGAGAUCGAUGCCGUUGCUGGGCGCAGAAACGCAUUAGACCCGUCGUGGACGAGGCAGACCAUGAACCAGCUGCUUUCUGAGAUGGACGGCUUCAAGCAGAAUGACGGGAUCAUCGUGAUCGCAGCGACCAACUGCCCAGAGUCGCUAGACCAAGCCAUUGUCAGGCCUGGGCGUCUUGAUCGUCAAGUCCAUGUUCCUACUCUAGAUGUUGAGGGCCGACGACAGAUUCUUGAGGCUUACAUGUCAAAGGUGUGUAAAGCUGAGGGUGUGGAUGUGAUGACCAUUGCGAGGGGGACGCCUGGGUUCUCAGGUGCAGAGCUUGCAAACCUAGUGAAUGACGCCACUCUCAAGGCUUCCAGGGAUGGCGCAGAUGCUGUUGGGAUGGAUCACCUCGAGUACGCCAAGGACAGGAUCAUCAUGGGCAGCGAGCGCAAGUCAGCAGUGAUAUCUGAUCAUUCCAGGAAGAUGACUGCCUACCAUGAGGGAGGGCACGCCCUUGUUGCUAUCCUCACGGACGGCGCUGACCCUGUCCACAAGGCCACAAUUAUGCCAAGGGGAAAUGCUCUCGGCAUGGUGACACAACUGCCAGGGGAAGACAGCGAGCUGGAACUCUCGAGGAAGCAGAUGCUGGCAAGGCUGGAUGUCCUCAUGGGAGGGCGGGUGGCCGAGGAGCUUAUAUUUGGAGAAACCGGGAUCACAACUGGUGCCUCAUCUGACCUGAGCAAGGCGACUAAAUUGGCGAAAGACAUGGUCACCAGAUAUGGUAUGAGCAAGCGGGUCGGCCUUGUUUCUUAUGGCAACGACGGUGAUGGUGGCGAUGGCAAAACGACGGCCCUGGUUGCCGAAGAGGUGAAAGCAUUAUUGGACAACGCUCACAAGAAUGCAAAAGCGAUUCUCACGGAGCACAACAAGGAGUUUCAUGCGCUAGCAAAUGCCCUCCUGAAGCAUGGAACUCUCACUGGUGAAGAUAUGGUGAAACUAGUAUUGACAGGACAAGAACCAGAUGAUCUUAGCAUUAGCCAGCAGAAUCAGGAAACACCUUCACUCACUGUUGCUGAGAUCACAAAUCUAGUGUCGACAGAAGAACAAGUGGAUGAUCUUAACAAUUGUCAGCAGGACCAGGGAAAAUCUCCUCUCACUGGUGACAAGAGCACCAAACCAGUAUCGACAGAAGAACAAGGAGAUGGAACUCUCACCGGCAACGAGAUCACGGAACUGGUGUCGACAGACCAACAAGUAGGUGAUGCUAACAAUGGUGAGCAGGUACAGGGAAGCACCUUCUUCGCCCUAGGCGUGGAGGCGCUUCCAAGAGUACUUCCGUUCCUGAUACUUCUGUUGUAA